AUGUACGGCUCCGCGAGGCCGCUGCUCGGCCUGGGCAGAUCGGCAGCCAUGCGCCCUCAGAGAAUCGCCUUCCCGACGACGGCCAGGAGGAUACCAAUCGCCGCGGCCUCGGCGAGAGGAUACGCCUCCAAGGCUCACUCCUCGGACAUGCGCCUUAACCAGCGCUUGCAGAAGGAAAUGGCGCUCAAGGGCGACAAGGGAUACUCGGCCAAGCAUAUGGAGGCCGCGCAGCUGGAGCACAUGAAGACCGUCAUGCUUCCGGGCACCUUCGUCCACCUCCCCCUCUCCCAGCUCGACAAGUCCCCCGGCCCCCUCUUCAACUACCUCUUCGCCCGCUUCAAACAGCACCUCAAAGACCUCGCGGCCAUCGUCGGCCUCAAGUUCCAGUCCAUGCCCAAGAUCUGGCAACGCCCCAGGAUCAAUAUCCACCGCACCCAGGUCGUGCCGACCGCGAAAGCCCUGCACCACCGCCUCGCCCAGGCCCUCGCCGCCGGCGACAAGGACACCCUCCGCGAGAUCUGCGUCCCGCGCCUCUACGACGCCCUCAGCGCCGUCAUCUCCCGCCGCAGCUCCAACGAGAAGGUCACCUGGGAGCUCGUCCAGUACGACGGCAGGCCGCGGCUCGUCAGCCACCGCCUCGCGCCCCUGCCGCCCCAGGGCCAGUCGCCCAUCCUGCAGCAGGCCGUCGUCGCCAUCAGCAGCACACAGAAGCUCGGCAAGGUCGAGGCCAGGACGGGGAAGCUCAUCGAGGGCAACACGAAGCUGCAGAAGCCGACCGAGUACUUUGUCAUCAUGCGCCAUCUCGACCCCAAGACGUACGAGCCCACCAAGUGGCGGGUCUGGGGUAGCACGCAGCCGACCACGGCCGAGGGCUGGGUGGUGGAGGAGAAGAGCGUGAAGCAGAUGGAGCAGCAGGACUUUGCCAGGAGGAGAGGACACAAGAUGUAA